AGGAAACAAGCUAGCUUCGAUAUGCCAGCGGACGGCUGAGUCAAACAUUCAUGAAACAUGUAUCAAUUGACGUGUAUCGAGGGAAAGGAAGGGUGGUUCGCUUCUCCGAUGAAGUGUUUUGCAUUGCACAGCAAAGACACCGAGAGAUCAGCGCAUAUGAUGCGGAUAGCAUAAGGUAGUUGUAUCCCUACCGACACUCCACUGCCUAGCAUAGCUGGUAUGUAUGCAUACACACACACACACAUAUACAUCCAUGCACAUAUCACCCGAUCAGCCAGUCGUCUGUCUGUCGGCAAUUCUCUCCGCCAGGUGGCUGCUGGCCGGCUCCAUUUGGGACGGACGGUGGCGCUUUGCGCUGAGGCUGCCUGGCUAACACGAGUGUGGGGCCGGGCCGGGCUGGGCCGGCGGCACGUCCGUCUAUCUGCCCACACCCACGGAAAGUCAUCGAUCUAUCUGUGUGUCUAGUGGAAGCCGCCCCAGGAUGGCGGCAGGUGGUACCACCUGACGUACCGGAACGCAGACAGACAGACAGACAGACAAACACAGGGCAUGAAUGUGCGGCCAGUUAGCUGUGGUGAUUGUGUGCGGUGGGGUGCGAGUGUAGACCACCAAUGCGAGCAGGGCACGCCGGGAGGAAUCUUGAGGGACAAAUCCAUCGCCUGCAUAGCAUACAAUACACGCAACACAAUCAACACAGACAGACAGCACCGGGCCAGCACAUGUAUGCAUGCCAUCCAGGUGAUUGCGAUGCGAUGCGAUGCGGUGGCUUUGAUUCAUUCACUCAACCCUCUGCCUGCCCUCACAAAGCAACGAAUGAAUGCAAUUACUCACCUCAGUGUGGCAUGCGCGGAUGGAGGUGUCGAGUUGCACCAUGUUGUCCGACAACUCGGACAUGAUGGGGAUGGCAACUUCCUCCUCGCCGGAACUGCUGCUGCUGCUGGUGCUGGUGCUGCUGGUGGGCGAGGAUGCUGCCGACGAGGAGUUGCUGCCCUCGAAGAUGUCACUCAGGAACUGCAAUCAAAAAAAGGGAGUCAUGAUCGGUACCUACUGUUGCCUGCAGGGAGUCCGUAUAUCCAUCGGUGUACGUACGUACGUACCUGCAGUGCGCUUCUCUUCCAUGGAACGCAUCCCCACUCCUCGAACCCCGACACCCACAUGUCGUACACCUCCAGAUGAUCCCUGCAUGCAUUGCAAUGCAUGCAUCACACAUACACACACACAUACACCCGCGUGGCCACCAUUGACAAUUGUCCUCGUGUGCGUGCAACAUCGGUUAUUUGCUUGACUACUCACUGGCACUGGUCGAUGAAGGCCUCAACAUGUUUCUUGAGAGGGAGUGCAGCGUCAUUGUGGGCGCCGGCGUUGCUGAGGGCAGCGGCCCUGACCAUGCGCCUGAACAUGGUGUUGGCCCGGCUGCCCUGCCACACCUUGGUCCGAUUGCUGAAGCACCCCACACGGAACACGCCACUCAUCAGCAGCUCACGGUCGGCCUUCUGCUUGGCACAUGACGCCUUAAUCGACGCCACACUCGACAGGCGGCUGAGACCGGUGAACACGUCGCCUAAUGUGUGGACCGACAGACACAUGCGUACAUCCAAUCCAUGAGCGUGUAUCUAUCAUAUCAUGCAUAAUCAAUCAAUCAGUGAGCAAGUAUGUGUGGGUGUGGGUGUGGGGUAUGCGCACGUUGAGCCUCGAUGAUCUCCUUUGGUGUGUUAGACAGAUCCGUGAACAGCUGCUCGUAUCGCCUGCCGUACGCCCCCUCGGGCCCCGUCGCAUACGACAGGAACGUCACACCCACAGUCUGAGUCACCAAUACACAGAAGAACCCCUCUCUGAACGUCGGUCGCACCACACCAACAGACAACACAUCACGACAGACGAACGGACAGACAGAGCAACACCACCCAUAGUGCUGCUGCUUGAAACCUGAGCCCACUCCUCACUCACCGAUUUGCGCCCUGGAAGGCCGCAGUGUUCCAACUCUUGCACGCACGUAGGAUGCUCUUAAUGGAGGCUGCACACACAAAACACAGGGCCGUGAGGGACAUGGCGAGAGGGAGAGGGAAGUGAGCUUUUUCGUCUAUUUCCCCCGGCGCACCGAGGUCGGAGCACACGCAGAUGGACAGCAGGAGGUUGUCGGGAAGCUCCCGCCAGCCAGCCUGCGCCAUCGCUGUG